GAUAGACCACUGAACGGUAUUGUUGAGAGUAGUCAUGUUCUGUAAUCAAUAUAGCCAUGGCAGUUGUGCUACCUCACCCACUUUAUUUACAUACUGUGUACAUGUUCAACAACCCAACACCAAUAUUUAAGUGAUAUUUCGAAGUUCCUGACAUAAGAUAAGAUUGGUCCUUUACAGUUGGAUCGACCAGUGGCUGUAUGCAUUAAAACCUCCAUUUACUUCUCAUACUCAUCCUUCGCCAUUGUCAUAAGAGAAUUGCCUUAAAGAGGUUUUAAUUUUCUGUCAGAUGUAUUGUACGGGACGGUGUCCAUGCAGGCCGAGUUCAUUGGACCGAAUCUGCACUCAACGCGUUCUUGUAUUUAAGCUCCUUAAGUGAAAGGCCCAAAUCAUUCAGAUCAAAUUCCAAGAGAAUACAGCUUAUUUAUUGUUUGAGGGAUUCAUUUCGCUGAGGGAUUGUACAUUUGUGAAGAUGAAGAUCUUAGUGUUAUCUCGCAGUGGCAGAGAGAUUGUUAAGGGCGGUAUCGAACUCAAUGAAAAUGCCUCUGUGAGUGAGCUGAAAGAUUUAAUCCACAAACGAACCAAGAAGUAUUACCCUGCAAGGCAACGUCUUACACUUCCACUGCAACCUGGCCAGGGGAAGCCCAUUGUUCUUGAAUCAACAAAGAAGCUAAAAGAUUAUUUCAAGGAAAAUGAAGGAAAUCAGGUGGUGUUCAAAGAUUUAGGCCCACAGGUCUCGUACCAAAUUCUCUUUUUCUGGGAAUAUGUAGGCCCUCUGUUUAUUUAUCCUAUCUUCUAUUACUCCCCCGUGUACAAGCUUUUUGGUUAUCCUGCUGAGCGAGUUAUACACCCAGUUCAGACCUAUGCAAUGUACUAUUGGUGCUUUCACUACUUAAAACGGAUUUUAGAGACAUUUUUUGUUCACAGGUUCAGCCAUGCAACUUCUCCCAUUUCUAAUGUUUUUAGAAACUGCUCUUACUACUGGAGCUUUGGUGCAUUCAUAGCUUAUUUUGUCAAUCAUCCCCUCUACACACCUGUGAGUGAGAAGCAAAUGAAGAUUGGUUUUGGGUUGGGAAUUCUGUGCCAGGCUGCAAACUUUUACUGUCACAUCCUUUUAAGGAAUCUCAGGAGCCCUGAUGGCAAGGGGGGAUAUCAGAUUCCAUAUGGGUUCCUGUUUAAUAUUGUGACCUGUGCGAACUACACUACUGAGAUCUAUCAGUGGUUGGGAUUCAAUAUUGCAACGCAGACAGUUGCUGGCUAUACUUUCCUUGUUGUAGCAACCCUUAUUAUGACUGAUUGGGCUUUAGGCAAGCACCGCCGCUUGAAGAAAAUAUUUGAUGGCAAAGAUGGCAGACCCAAAUAUCCCAGGCGGUGGGUGAUAUUACCUCCUUUUCUGUGAAAUGCAUCAGAUAACCGCAUUGGACCAUUCAAAGUUUUAUUUUACUGGAUAAUAAUCAAUUAGGACUAUUUUUUUGGUCCGAAGAUGCAUCUAUGUUAUCAAUUGCUAUGGUUCUGACUUGAACUCUGUAUUGUGGCAUUAAUUUAUUUCAGAGUUUUAGUAUUUAAAUUUUAAACUCAUAGGAUUAUCCUUUAUCUGCUGUUUUAAACUUUUGAUUCUUCCAGAUCUGGGAGGUUUGUGUACCAUAACAUGUCCAUUUCUAGUAAUGGCAGCUCUAUGCUGCACAUCCCAUAUUGCAUGUUC